AUUUUCCAAGGAUUUCUCGAUCGAUUACCAACCCAUAAAGUCGUAAUUCUGUUUAAACGAAAAUUUGCAUCGUUACUUCUUAUUCCUCGUUUUGUUAUUCGCAUUAUCAUCCGAUUGCGGUUAACCUAACUAUGAUCGCAACAUACAUGCAAAAUGUUAACUUUCGUUUAUCAAAGAAGCCGUAUUACUUUUGCUGAUAUUUUAUUUAGACGUAACUUUGAGAAUUUAAAUGUUGCGGUCUAAAUGUAUAGUCAUAUUUGAUGAUUCCUACUGUACGACGUUAACAUUUGAAAUCGAACAUUACAACGGAAAUAUUAAAGUUAAUAAUCGUCUUAUUUCAUUGACAUACUUAAGACUUCCUUGUUCGUCAUUUUUAAAGGACAUCGUCUUACAUACGAUAAAAUAUCUUAUAUUGGAAGUUCAAGGUAGACAGAAUAUGGGCCUAAACGCAGCUGUACAAGCUUUAAAGAAAGCCGAGCCAUUGAAGGACAAAGUACAGCGUUGCAGAGAUCUUUUAAAUGAUAGCGAUGCAUGGGUAUGCCAGCAGCAACUACAAAAAAUAUAUCAACAAGUUCUGAUACUGGAUUUAGAGUAUGCCUUGGACAGAAAAGUCGAACAAGAACUUUGGAACCUUGGAUUUAAAAACUAUAUAGCAACAUUGCAAUCCCAAGCAAAGGACAGAAAGAACCCUAAACGAGGUGAAUCGCAAGCUUUACUCAGCUGGUGUUUGGAGGCCGCUAGUGGUUUCUAUUUGACUUUAUUACAAGAGAUCUGUACUGCGUUCGAUCUCGAUUUACCGUUCAGGAGGAAGGGUUACAUUUAUGGAUGUACAUCACCAUGGAAAGCUAUUGAGAAGUUAUCAGUGCCUCACAAAUCUUCAUGUUUUUACGCGUGCCAAUAUUGCCUUGUGCACUUAGGAGACAUAGCCCGUUAUAGAAACGAAAGUAAGCAAGCAGAAAUGUUUUAUCGGCAUGCAGUAUCGUUGUCACCAUCCAGCGGGCAACCGUACAAUCAGUUGGCCCUUCUCGAAGCGUCACGUGGCAAUAAACUGGCAACUGUGUUUCAUUAUGCACGGUCUGUCGCAGUGAAACAUCCUUUCCCCGUUGCUACUACGAAUUUAGCGAAAACGCUGUCCUCCGCUCUGAACGAUACGUCCCUCAACAUUGAUGGAAAAACAAAAUUAACGUCCCAAGAAUACAUAGCGGUUUUCUUGAAGCUCCAUGGCGUUAUUCACAAUCUUGGAGAUUUGAAGAUCGCUUCCACGUAUGCGAAAUUAUUGACCGAAACGUUGACAGCUCUAAUUGCGACAGAAAGCUUCAGCUCUUGGAUGCUCGUUCAAAUGUUCGUGAUCAAUUUGUACGCCUUGGAACAUACAACGAAUGUUGUCGUAGGUGGUACCGUCGAACCGUUGAAGAACGAACAAUUGUCAUCCGAUGAAAAGAUAGCGCGCGAUUGUAUAUUAGAUCUGAUAGCUGGAAGUCUGUCUGCUCUGUUGCUACCCGUUUACACGAUUAAAAACUCCAUCAUUGAGUAUUUCGCUUUGCCUUCUAUCAAACUGUGCCUUGAUUGGAUUAAUACGAAGCCCACAGUUUUGGAGGAACUAGCUUUCACGUCUAGGCUACAAAUCUGGCCGAGCCUGUGCGUGUUGUUGAACGCCCUGCAGAAUUGCGUUGCCGAUUUCGCCUACGAUCAGUAUGUUAAAGUACCACUGCCAGAGGAUCGUGAUCUACAAGGAUUUUUACCACUGGAGAAAAGUUUCGAGUGUUUAAAGUUCACGAGCGUCGACCUCGAAGAUAACGUUGAAGCUUCCAAUAAAUUACGCGCGGUUCGUAUCCUUCGUUUGGGCCACUGUUUGGCACAGUAUAGAAUAAACGGUUCUGCGUUAAUCGCUAUCACAUUAGGAGAUGAGAAAGGUGACAACAAAUUUAGCUCUAUUAGCGAAGGAAAUGGAUUGAGCAAUGAAUUGAUGAAAGAGCUGGAAGAGCUCAGUUUGAAUAAAGGAAGGCAGUCCGUCGUCUCGACAAGUCCAGUGUUUUCAGAAUCCGCGAGUAGCAAGGGCUCAGCAGACGUCGACAUGCUGGAGGACAGUUUAGGUAGGAGGAUAGGAAUAUUGAAGCCGCAAGGUUCGUUGGAACGAAGCAAAGAUACUACAACAAUGGCUGGAACCGUGGAGUCCAACACGUUUGAGAACAAUACGGUGCAAUCUGCCGCUAGGAGACCGAGACAGAAUAUAGCGAUGCAGACUAUAAUGCGACGUGCUGAAAACGAACAGAAGCAAGUCACGUUUAAGAACGUGUCUCCGUUAAUCGUGGAAGAAGAGAACGAGAAGAAGGCUAAGGCGGCUGCAACAUCGGUGAGUCCAACGAAAGUUGUUGCACCAAUUGGAAAUAAGCAAACCGUAUCAGCCGUUGGUGAACAACCGAAAACAAAUAACGUACCAAACUCGUCUACGAGUACACCGAUCACUAUUCAAAAUCGAUUACCUUUAAUGCCUUUCGCUACGAAUACCGUUCAAAGUCAAAUCAGUUCCGGUCAAAGUCAACCGACCAAAAAGGUAAAAUUGCAUCAGCACGCUGUCUCUCAAGCUUCUCAAAUGAAUCACCUCCCAGCGCCGAAAGAACAAACGUCUGGAAUUCCGCCUCCAAUGUCAGGAAUAUCUCAACCAAUGGGAACUAUUUGUUAUCAAAACCCAACGUUCAACGUGCAGAAUCCGCAAUUUGCCAAAAAUUACACACCGAAUCACACUGGAAAUCUCUCGAAUUACUCAAUUCAGGGACAUUUCGCUAGUCCACCGCAACAAUCUAUACCGUCGCAGAAUAUCAAUUUGCAACACCCGUCCGGUCAGAGUAGACCGAUGCUUCAAAGAACGCAGACUCACAGUUUGCCACAGAAUUCGCUGUUGCAUCAAAAUAUCGGAAUUGGAAUACCGCCUUCGACUCAAUCGAACAACAUUAUGCCAAGCGGUUCGCAGAAUAUUAACUGUCAACUCACGACGAACAUGGGCUUGCAACCAAAUCAUAGUUUGAACAUGCAACAGAGCCAUAGCUUGGCUGUGCAACAACAGAGCGUUGCGAAGAAUAAUCUCAGACCCAACGCGAUGUCUCUGCACAAUCAAGGUGCGCUGGCUAACUCGACCAUCGCAAGCGUCUCCCCUCUUUCGAGUUUAAAUACAUAUCAGAAAACGCUUCAUCAGGCCGCGUCCAUGAUGCCGACGAACGUGUCGAGCAUGCCGCCAGGUAGCUCGUUGAGUUCGACAACCGUUCCGAACUUUCAGUUCAGUUUCAGUCAAGACGACUUCAACCAAAACGCUUUUGGUCAGAUAUCGCAGAAGCAAUUGCCGUCGUCGGUGUAUAAUAAAAACUCGGAUGUCUUGGAAUUCUCGUUACCUAAUCAUGUGGCUAUGUCGAAGAAUCAGUCUCAGUCCGCAAACAAUUAUCCGCUUUUUCAAAACUUCGAAGCAACCAAUUUUAAUUUGUGGAAAGAUACCCAGCACUCGCAGCUGUCGGCACCUUGUUGGGAAUCGAGCAGAGGCAUGCAAUUGCAUACCGAGGACACCAGUCUCAUGGAAAAUUAUCACAAUUGGGAAGACUCCGCCAAUCCCGGAAGCAUGAUAUCGCAAAUUCCAUUGAGAACAUCGACUAGUUAUCAAACGGACUCACAGCAACCCAAACGUUUCGAUGCUGGAAAUAAUUUCAACAGUUCUAGGCCCCUAGAGAUAGACACAAAGUCGAAUCAGUCGAUCAGUACGGGAAACACGUACUCCCUGUUUAGUAGUAACAACGCUUGGGAAUCUAAUUCCCAAGGCUGUAACUCCUCAAGUCAAGAUCAGGCGAAGGCUCGGCUUAAUCAACAGUCUCUGUGGUUUGGACCUGGACCAUCUCCCUUGGAACGGCUUUUGGAACAGCAGAAAUCAUUACGCGAAGGAGGUACCUGAAGGAAAGCAAUAUAAAUUAUGUCGAAGUAUAUCGGAAAAAAAACGUAUCCAAUCUAUGGAUUCAACUAAUCAAGGAGAAAAAGCGAACUGCAAUAAAAUUUCAUCGAUCGUUCGACGAAAAGUGUUAAAAAUUUGUUACAAGCAACAGCAGAAAUAGGCGAGAUGUCGCGUAGUCGUUUAGACGAUCGUUUGUACGAAAGCGAACAAUACAUACGUCCAAGGCGUUAUGAAACGCAGUUACAUAUAUAAAAAAGAAAAACAAAAAGUAGAUGUUAAUUACUUACAUUAUUAAUUGUUACGCGCAUUAUAGAAAACAGAGUUAGUGAAUACUGCGCAAACCAAAAAAAGAGAAAUUGAUUCUUUUCAAUCUAUUUAGACGCGUGCAUUUAAUUUGUGUCGCUUAAAAGGAAGAAUGAUACUCAACGACAGAACGACCUGUCGUGAAGUAACUAAAUAGUAUAAGGAUACCAUACACGAAUCACACGAUUGAUCUUUAAUAGCGUUAACUGUACAAGUUCGGAGACAUACAUAGACAUUAUUUAGUGACUCGAUUUAAAAAAUUAUGUACGAUUUUUCUUUACGAGUAACAAUACCUUUGCAAAGGAAAAGAUAAGGAAAAUGAGAUAAAUUAAAAAGAAGACACGCAUA